AUGAGCUCGGCGGCGAGCGCGCACGAGUCCGAUCCGCCCCACUUCCCCCUUUCCCCUUCCCCUUCCCCCCUUCCCCCCCGCUUCCCCCCUUCCCACGCACACCUCCAUCUGCCCUCCCUCACUCUCGCCUCCUCCUCUCAUCCUGUGUUCCCCGUGUCGCCUCCCUUCUCCAGUCCUCACAAGGAGAGGGAGUGCGGGCGAGUGAUCGCGAACGUCCUAGAUGAGGUGAGGCGCACAGGAGGUGAGGUGAGGCGCACAGGAGGUGAGGUGAGGCAGCAAGGAGGUGAGGUGAGGCGGCAAGGAGGAGAGGUGAGGCGCACAGGAGGUGAGGUGAGGUGCACAGGAGGUGAGUGGUGCAACAAGAUGCUUGUCAGCAAGGUGGAAGGAGAGGGGGAGGCAAGGACUGGGGAAGGUGGCUGGAGGAAAGAGGUGUGCGGGGCGUGGGGAAGGAGGAGGCUGGCUAUUGUGGGAAGGCAGAGGCAGAGUGUUGCGGAAAAAGAGUUUGUUGUGGGGCUGCUGAAUGAGUUUGCUGUGGGGCUGCUGAAUGAGUUUGCUGUGGGGCUGCUGAAUGAGUUUGCUGUGGGGCUGCUGAAUGAGUUUGCUGUGGGGCUGCUGAAUGAGUUUGCUGUGGGGCUGCUGAAUGAGUUUGCUGUGGGGCUGCUGAAUGAGUUUGCUGUGGGGCUGCUGAAUGAGUUUGCUGUGGGGCUGCUGAAUGAGUUUGCUGUGGGGCUGCUGAAUGAGUUUGCUGUGGGGCUGCUGAAUGAGUUUGCUAUGGGGCUGCUGAAUGAGUUUGCUGUGGGGCUGCUGAAUGAGUUUGCUGUGGGGCUGCUGAAUGAGUUUGCUGUGGGGCUGCUGAAUGAGUUUGCUGUGGGGCUGCUGAAUGAGUUUGAGGCUGCUGAAUGA